AUGCUACACCAGGUGUUGCAAAGCUGGGGCUGUCAGCUCAGAACACUGAGGCGAACUGUGAUGAUCCAGUGCGUGGAGGAAGACAGGAGAGGCAUGGUCAAGGUUUGGUUCCUUGGAAGAAAGAUGGACGAGUUCAUGAAUAUGGAGGAAGUCGUGGAUAUGGGAGAGGGCCGCUUCAGCGGUACAAUACAGUUCAAGGCUCAGGUGCUGGAUACAAGGGGAGGAGUGGACAAAACUAUUAUGGUGGUUAUGGUCGUGGGUACCAGAUGGCUAAUAGAGAAAGGAAUCAAGCUGGUCAAUCUGCAGAGAUGCGUUAUGAACAGAUGGACUAGGGUACUUGGAAGAAAGGAACUGGUUCAAGAAAAGAGUAUGUAUCUUCUGCUGGCCCUAUGUCUAAAGUACAGGAAAGGCGGGCUCAAAGGCGGUUGA